UCUGAGGCAUUGUAGGUAAGUGCGAUUAUGUGUGUGUGUAUGUGCACAUAUGCACAUAUGUAGGUAUGUUUCCAAUGUUCACGCAUUCGUUAUUAAACCCUUAUACACAUCGGUUAAGAGACACUAGCAGCAUUAAAACAGAUUGAUUUCGGCGCUAGCGUUGUCUUCAAAUUUCACUUCACAUUUUGGAGUUUAAUCACAGUUUCCACACUUGAUUAAAGCAACAAAACAAGAAAAACACUAUCUAUCUUUCUAGCAUUAUAUAUAUUUUAUCUAUCUUUUUGAUCAUACCAUAUAAAAAUGGCAACUCGAACACAGGAUUUCGGUAUUGAUGUGGCGAUUUCUAGAAAGUUGAACAGCAGAUACGAUCCAGAUGCUGAACGUCAAGUUAUUGGUUGGGUACAACAGCUAACGGGACAAAGUAUUCCACUGGGACGUGAAAAUGUUCAAAGAUCACUGAAAAAUGGACGUAUCCUAGUUGAACUUAUUAAUGCUGUGUAUGAAAGAACGCCUAAUUUACCACCAAAAGCUCAAACAAUUCGAAGACCAGUUAAACCAAAUGCCGGAAAUGCACCGUUUAAACAAAUGGAAAAUAUACAAAAAUUUCUUGAUUUAUCUGAAGCAUAUGGUGUUCCACGUGAAUGUCUGUUUCAAACAGUUGAUUUAUUUGAAGCAAGAAAUAUGGCUCAAGUUUUAGCUACUUUGUUACAAUUGGGCACAGAAUGCCAACGUAAUGGAUUUCAAGGACCAGUUUGUGGGCCUAAACCAACCUAUUCACAACCACGCCAAUGGUCAGAGGAGCAAUUACGCGCUGGUGAAGGUAUAAUUGGUCUACAAGCUGGAACAAAUAAACUAGCCUCACAAAAGGGUAUGUCAUUCGGCGCACAACGUCAUAUUGCCGAUAUUAAAUGCGAUGAUAUGACACCAGAAGGUGCUGCUGUAAUCAGUUUACAAAUGGGUACAAAUAAAUUUGCAUCACAGAAAGGAAUGAGUUUCAGUAAUCAACGUCAUAUUGCAGAUAUAAAAUGUGAUGAAUUGAGUCAAGAAGGCAAAUCUGUUAUCAAUCUUCAAAUGGGUACAAAUCAAUUUGCUUCACAAAAGGGUAUGCGAAUGGGUGCAAGUCGACAUAUCGCUGAUAUUCGUUGUGAUGAUAUGUCAAAAGAAGGUCAAAAUAUCAUUAGUCUUCAAUAUGGUACAAAUAAAUUAGCUAGUCAAAAAGGUAUGCGUAUGGGUGGUCAACGUCAUAUCACAGAUAUUCGUUGUGAUAACUUAUCAGCCGACGGAGCAUCUGUUAUCGGUCUGCAAAUGGGACUACCACAGAAUCAAGUUGCCUCACAAUCAGGCAUGUCAUUCGGUGCCCAUCGACAUAUUAAUGAUUCACAUUAGAGCUGAUCAAAAUGUAACAACGAAAUCUAUUAUGAUUAUGAUAAUAAUUACUACUAUUAUUAUUCUUAUCCUUAUCAUCAUUACAUCAGUUGAAGAAAGCGCCUUCCUCGACAAAACACAAAUCAAUACAUAUGCACAUAAUUAUUUAUUUUUACAUAUAGCCAAAAUUCUAUUGGCCUAUCUUCUUAUUGAUUAUUUAUCCAACUAUGAUUAUUAUUAUUAUUACUAUUAUUUACGCGCUUAUUUUGAAAAUAAACCCGCGAACACUGAAUAUUGAACAAAGCAAUUCUAUUUUAUUUGUUUAACUACACUAAAAACACACAUACACACUUACUUUUUAAAAGAAGAAGGGCAUGGCUUCUGUCUUCUUUAACCUUUCUCGCUCUCUCUUUCUCUUUCUCACUUUCCAUCAAUCUGUCUUGCCUUCCGAUGUUCUUCUCCGGAACUGUCAAGCUGUUCAAUGUUUAGUGCUAUUUCUGUUACUAAUAUUAUUUAUCAAAAUAAAGCCUAACAAUAGUAAUAAUAAGAAGAAUAAUAGUAGUUAUUACAAUUAUGAUUAUCAUUUAGACUAUUUUAGUUUAAAUUAUGUCACACUAAUCUUAUUUUUUCCCAAAAGAAACAAGCAUUCUAUGUAACAUAUAUAUAUUAGAAUUGGAUUUUACCAGACGGGAGAAAUAAGAGUUUCAAGUUUUUUUUGGGUCGGGGGAGGGGAUUGCUUUCUUAUUCUUCUCAGAAUAUUUAUUUAUUUAUUUAACUUUCUUCUUCUUUUUUAUUAUUAUUAUUAUUGUUAUUCUUAGUCGUUGUUGCAUUCUUUAUGAAGCAUGCUUUCAAAUAAAGCGUUUUUCAAGAAUAA